AAGUCCUUUAUUUGUCCAUUUCUGCUGAGUAUAAAAGGAUGUGACUAAACCAUUUAAACUCAGUUCGCGACUCCUGGUUUGAGAGAACUACCGAACAAACAUGAAGAGUUUGCUCCUCGGUGUGGUCGUGUGUCUGGCUCCUCUUCUGAUCAGUGGAGAGUUUCCAGACUGUGAAACAGUGGAAUUUUUGAAAGAAGGUGAAACAAACUGCAUCGAUAAAACAGAUGGAAAACCCCAUGAUGUGGAUACUACUUGGACAAACUCUGAGUGCUACAAAUGUCACUGCUCUUCUACUGGCAUGACUUGUUGUGACACAAUUGUACCACCGAACAACCCCAGUCCUCAGCUCUGCACUGUGGAGUACGACUACGAGGCGUGCCAGGCCAAAGUCGUGAAAAGGGAUGAUCCGUCACAACCGUGCUAAUGCCAGAGUCUGAGUCCAACGAGGUCACUGCAGAUAACGAUGUAUACUUUAUCUGGAUCAUUAAAUACCUAUUACACCAGAA